CCAAAAUAAUGGUUAUUUUUAGGAAAUUAUCUUACUCGAUAAAUCGCACGCUGUUACAAAAUGUGAGACGAGGGAUAACUUCAUCUUUUAGUCGGCCAAAUCACCAAUGGGUUAAACCGAAAGUAGUCCUUGGUAUCGAAACAAGUUGUGAUGACACAGGUGCAGCAGUUGUUGAUACGGACGGUCAAAUUCUUGGAGAGUCUUUAUAUUCUCAAUCUAACAUACACAUAAAAUCUGGGGGAAUUAAUCCCCGUACAGCCCAGUCCUUACAUAGAGAGCAAAUAGAAAAUGUGGUGAAUACAGCCUUAAAAAGAUCAGGAAAAUCAUUGCAGGAAUUAGAUGCGAUAGCUGUCACUGUAGAACCAGGCUUGUCCAUCUGUUUGGGGGUUGGAGUGGGUUAUGCCAAGGAGCUGGUGGCACAGAGUGGGUUACCCAUGAUCCCCAUACACCAUAUGCAGGCUCACGCUUUGACUGCUAGAAUGUUGGAAAAUAUCGAGUUUCCUUUCCUUGUAUUGUUGAUAAGUGGCGGACAUUGCAUCCUUACUGUGGCACAAGAUGUCAAUCGCUUCCUGAUGAUUGGGAAUGGCCUUGACACCUCACCUGGCGACUGUCUAGAAAAGGUUGCUAGGAAACUGAAUUUAAAGUCCCUGCCUCAGUGUGAGAACCUGAAUGGGGGUGCUGCAAUAGAACUCUUGACAAAGGGAGGUGACCCCCAUAAGAUUCCCUUUUCUGUUGCCGUACUUAAGCAGCCAAGCUGUAAUUUCUCCUUUUCUGGGCUACGCAGUCAAGGAGAGCAUGUGAUUGAAUUGCAACGAAAAGAGGAAGGAAUCUCUGAAGAUGAAGUGAUCAGUGAUGUGACAGAUUUUUGUGCCUCCUUGCAGUACUGUAUUGCCUUUCAGAUCUGUCGCAGACUUCAAAGAGCUUUCAUCUAUUGCCAAAUGAAAGAUUUAUUGCCAAGUAAUCCCACACUUGUUGUAUCAGGGGGUGUGGCUAGCAACCAGUACAUAAGAAAAUGUCUACAGCAGGUGUGUGGUGAAAAUUCUGCCAGACUAAUCUGUCCCCCUCCAAAGCUUUGUACAGACAAUGGCAUCAUGAUUGCAUGGAAUGGGGUUGAGAAACUCAAAGUUGGACAAGGGAUUUCAAAAGAUCCACAGUCAGAGUCAUACAGAGCUAGGAGUCUAAUAGGAGAAGACAUAACAGAAAAUGUGACAAGACUUGGACUGAAAAUCCCUCCCCUCAAACUAAAGAUUCAGCCAUGACUUUUUGUUUUCAUGUUUGCAGAGGUUUUGAGAAAAAAGUGUAAGGCACGGCCAGUGGAAUUUUCUUUCCAAAGUGAAGAUUCAAGGAUGAAGGACUGACUAAAACUUGUACAUUAAAUUUAUAUUAUGAUAUAUGUCA